AUGGUGCGUGCACGCCUGACAGCGCUGCAAGCCAACUCCCGCAGCCGUGUGAAUGUCUACGGGAAGCUCUCUUCUGAGUUCACCUCGUCAAGUUGUGUGAGACAGAACUAUCGUCUUUCAUAUUUCCUCUUCAACUUCGUCAUUGAUAUGAUCAAAAGAAAACUUACUAUCAGCCUCUAA